AAUUUACAUUCCCAUCCUUUGCCAUUGUGUGCACUUCUCCUCCCCAAAACCCUAAAGAUAAUCUCAGCGAGCUAGGGUUCCGAUAAGAUAAUCCAAUAGCUUCCAGUGUCCUGCGCUGACGCAUCAUUUUCUGUAGCUUCUAAUCUCGGAAUUGAAUGGAUUUCGACGAGUACGAUUACCUCGAGAAGGCCGUGGAAGAAACCAACGGCCCGUCGAAGAAGGAAACUCCGGACAAGGAGAAGGAUAGAGAGAAGAGCGAGAAGGGGUACAGAAGAAGAGAUAGGAGCGACGACGAUGAAUUUGAUGAAGAAGAGAAGGAGAGGAAGAGCAGCAGCAAGAAAUCGCGGAGUGAAGAAAACGGGCGCGAUAGGGAGAAGGAGAGGGAUCGGGAUAGGGAUAGAGAGAGGGAGAGGGAUAGGGACAGGGAUAGAGAUAGGGAUAGGGAUAGGGAGAGGAGCUCCAGGCAUCGGAGUCGAGAGCGGGAUUCUGAUAGGGAGAGACGCAGCUCGAGGGAUAAGGAGAAGGAGAGGGAUAGAGAGAGGGAAAGGGAUAAGGACAAGGAUAGAGAGAGGAGAGAGAGGGAUAGAGAGAAGGAGAGGGAGAGAGAGAGGAGAGAGAGGGAUAAGGAAAAGGAGAAGGAGAGGGAGAAGGAGCGAGAGAGGGAGAGGAGGAGUAGGAGCCGAUCGAGGCUGGACCGUGAAAGAGAGAGGGAAUUGAUGAGAGAAAGGGAGCGUGAAGAGAGCAGGAGAUUUAAGGAUAAAAAGGAAGCCGUGGAGCCUGAAGCUGAUCCAGAAAGGGACCAGAGAACUGUUUUUGCAUAUCAAAUGCCACUUAAGGCUACGGAGAGAGAUGUUUUUGAAUUCUUUUCACAAGCUGGAAAGGUUGGUGGUGAUUAUUUUCCUUUGUUGAUUUACUUCAUCUUUUUAAUUCACCUUUUCUUCAUUUUGCAUCUUCAGGUAAGGGAUGUAAAACUCAUUAUGGAUAGGAACUCGAGGCGAUCAAAAGGAGUUGGGUAUAUUGAAUUUUAUGAUGCCAUGUCUGUACCAAUGGCUAUAGCUCUAUCCGGCCACCUAUUCCUCGGACAACCUGUAAUGGUAAAACCUUCAGAGGCAGAAAAGAAUCUUGUUCAAUCAAAUACUUCCGCUGGUGGUGCAGGAGUUGCUGGACCAUAUGGUGCAACAGAUAGGAAGCUUUAUGUUGGCAAUUUACAUUUCAACAUGACAGAAUUUCAGCUUAAACAGAUUUUUGAAGCGUUUGGUCCAGUUGAACUUGUCCAACUUCCUACAGAUCCAGAGACGGGACAUUGCAAAGGGUUUGGGUUUGUUCAAUUUGCACAACUUGAACAUGCAAAGGCAGCACAAAGUUUGAAUGGGAAAUUGGAAAUUGCUGGUCGGACCAUUAAGGUUUCCUCUGUUACUGAUCAUGUUGGAGUACAAGAUUCAGGGGCAAAAACUGCAGAUUUUGAUGAUGAUGAUGGAGGCGGUUUGGCUUUAAAUGCUCAGUCAAGAGCAAUGCUCAUGGCAAAGCUGGAUCGCAGUGGUAUAGCUUCAAGUGUUGUAGGGCCACUUGGAGUGCCUGCGCUGAAUGGAUCAGUUCCUUCACAACAAGCUAUUGCUAUGCCCAUUAACCCAACAUCAGUCCUUCCAACUCCAGUUCUUCCGGCACAGGUUGUUUCCAUGGCUCCAGAACCUAUUGGAACCCCCAGUGAAUGUUUAUUGUUAAAGAAUAUGUUUGAUCCGACCACUGAGACGGAUCCAGAGUUUGAUCUAGACAUUAGAGAUGAUGUACAAGAAGAAUGUUCCAAGUAUGGCCGGGUGAAGCAUAUCCAUGUUGACAAGAACAGCGCUGGCUAUGUAUAUUUGAGGUUCGAAAGUGUGGAAGCAGCAUCACGUGCUCAACAAGCAAUGCACAAAAGAUGGUUUGCUCGUAGAUUGAUCUCCGCUAUAUUCUUGCAACCUUACGAGUAUGAUGCCAAAUUCAAAGGCACAGCCUGAACGAGGUCUCCUGCAGACAAAGCAUGAAAGGUCAGUGGCGCCUCUGCCAGGGAAUGACUCCGCUUCUAGUUGGAUUGUCUGGAAAUCUUUAGCAGUAGUAUGAAUGUAUUGAGUAAAUGUUGAAUUCUCAAGUGUUUGUAAUUGUGUCAAACUAUUUUGUAGUUUGAAAUUUCAAUGAUGCUUGGAGGUUUGUUGCAGUCCUUAUAUGGAUCGGUACUAUUAUUAUAUCUGCACCUUUAUGGUGAUUAUAUUCAAAUUUCCUGUACUACCUUCGUCUACGAUA